CAACUUUCUUUUUAUUCACAGUUCACAUUUCCUGUACUGGAAACGCUCAUGUUUGAAUAUAAUCUUUAAAAUGCAAACGCACUAAACGGCCGCAGUCCCUCCCUUUGCUAAUCGUGACUUCUUGUAACUGGAGACCAGCGAGCCCGCCUCCAAUCGGAGUUCCUGUGCCGUGAAUGGAUGAAGAGAACGGACAGAAAGUGCCCUACAACAGCUGCGAGCCGCUUCCACCACAGGAGUCUGCGUAGCUGCGCACUGUGGAUGAGAGAUUUGUCACGCACCGCCCGGUUGAACAGAAGUUAACACGGAUACACAGGCACACAGAACACUCAUGAACGACCGGGAUCAUAACCACAAAGAUAAGGAAAGACGGAGGGAAACCGAACUGAUCUUAAGGUUUUAGGAGCGUCCCUCCGUUUGGAUAAUGGAGAAAACUUUGCAUCGACUGCAGAAGCCUGCAGACACUACUGACAAAGUUCUGGAGGAACCCCAGCUUGGUCUGGCCAUGAGAAACGGAGAAUUUACGAAUCAACAGAUGGGACUCCCUGACAAAAUACCUUUAGUGAAGCCUUAUUUUAAAAAGAAACACGCACAGAGGAAGUUGGAUGCAAAAUGUCUCCGGGCGCUGGAUGAUCCUAUUCUGACUACGUUAUUAAACUCAGAUGCACUUGUAGCGAGUGAUGGGGUGUUUGUGCCUCGGAACCAGCCCGGGACCCAACGGAACCUGUGCGCAGCAGUGGUGGAAAAGCAGUCCAGAAUCAACCAAGUAUGCUUGAAGGAUGAGAGUGCUGUUCCUGGUAUGAUUGCCGGCGAGGAAGGCGGAGAAAUAUCGGAUCCCUCUACUGAGCUCGGGCAACAGAGACAAAAAGUGACUGAUAUUCAACGGGUGACAAUAGCUACUAAUGAGCACCGCUUUCAGCCCCAGGCCUGCGACGUGGCGGCGCCCACUGCGGUCGUUCCCCCUGGUGAGGGGGAAAAGAUGAAUGACAUGUACAGCUCUGAGCCUUUGCAGGGUGCAAAUUGCCUUGCCAUCAAAGACGGACCGCUGAAAGGAGAAAUCUUUCAGGAUAAAAGCGAAGAAGCCUCUUUGGAUCUCGUGUUUGAACUUCUGACCCAGCUACAGUACCAUACACAUCAAGGCGACGCUGUAUCGAUCUGCGUGGAUUUUCUCCAGGGGGUCUGCGUGUAUGGGAGCGACUGCGGGCGGCACCACACUGUCCUACCCUACCACUGGCAAAUCCGAAGAGCCGACACUCAGACUUGGCAAAGCAUGUCAGAUGACUCGCAAGAACAAUUGGAAAGGCUCUAUUGCAAUCCUGACAAUGAACAAGCCAGACUGAAGUUUCAGGGCCGUGUGUUCACCUUGGAUUUCAGCUCCAUGCGGGUGUGCGACCUGCAUUUCGACCAGGUCCGCCGACUGUCCACGCCCCCCAGCUCAGUGACCACGCCCACGUUAUCUAACCCCACCCCCAACUGCCAGACACUCUGGAAGUACUACUGCAGAGACAACUUUGGCUGGAGGGAGUACUCUGAGCCGGUGGUUCGACUCAUUGAAGAAGCCAGCGGGCGUGGCCUGAAAGAAGUCCGCUUCAUCACCCUCCAGAACCAGUAUAUCCUGAACAUCUGGGAGGGCUUUCAGCAGAACGCCGUCUUCGGCUUCCGCCGGCAGAUCAAGAAAAGGCCGCUCUUCCUCUCCACCGUGAUGCUCAUGCCUUACCUGCAGACUCUGGGCGGUUUGGGCUCUCAGAGCCCCGGGCCCCUGCCUCUGUCUCCUACCUCGCACGCCUCGCCCAAGGCCUACCCCGAGACGUGGCUCAACAUGGGCUCCUGCCAGGACUUCCUCCAAGUGCCCGUGUCCAAAGAGGACCGGAGCUACCGCACCGUCUACAGCCUUUUCCACAAGACCGUGUCGGAAACCCGAUUCCGCAUCCUGAAGAUCCUGCGUGUGCAGAACCCCUUCCUCUGGGAGAAGUACAAGAGGAAGAAGGAGUACAUGUCGCGGAAGAUGUCGGAGAUGGACCGCAUGCUGAACGAACGCCACCUGUUCCACGGCACCUCGCAGGACGUGGUGGAGGGCAUCAGCAAGCACAACUUCGACCCGCGCGUGUGCGGAAAACACGCCACCAUGUUCGGCCAGGGCAGCUACUUCGCCCGCAAGGCCGUGUACUCGCACAACUUCUCCAAGCGCUCGUCCAAGGGAGUGCACUGCAUGUUCCUGGCCAAGGUCCUGACGGGCAAGUUCACGGUGGGCAACCCCUCCAUGCGCCGCCCCCCGCCCCUGCACCCGGGCAACCCCUCCAGCGACCUCUUCGACUCCUGCGUGGACAACUGGGUGGACCCGCAGAUAUUCGUCAUCUUCAACGACGACCAGAGCUACCCCUACUUCAUCAUCCAGUACGAGGAGGUGUCGAACACUGUGCCCGUCUGAGGGCCGAAGGGCUGUCCUCGCCCGCCCCCUCUCUUCCAGCGGCUGCCCCUCCACUGCGAGGCCCCGUUUCAGUAGCUCUUGUCCCCCCCCCUUCCCCCGGCCCGGCGUUCUGUACCCCGCACGCCCGAGGGGCUCGGAGCCAGCGCGGGGCUGUUCUUCGUGCCGGUUGGGCCGGCCGGGCCCAUCCCGGGGGCAGACAGCUGCGCUCCAGCUCUGUCCCGCCCGCCUGCGAUGGCGCCGCCCAACACCCCCCGCCCCCUUUGUUUUUGUUUUUUUUCUGUUUGUUAUUUUUGCUGUUCCCUCUCCAGUUUAGAUUUUGUGAGAAGGUGUACAUAUGUUUUCAUUGUUUAUAUUUGAACUGUGUGCCUUUUGUUCAUAAAAAAUGUUUAUUUAUGUUAGUAAAUGUAACGUUGAAAUGAAUAAAAUGUUUUAUUGAAAAAAA